AUGAUACCCAUCCAGUAUAACUUUGCUCACUCUCGCGUCUUCCAUCAAGACUCCCGCGUCCCCACUGGACAAUCAAGCGAUAGCCGCACUCAGGCAGGCUUCUAUCGACCCUCUGCGACACGUCAAGGCGACGUUUUCCUGUUUUCGCCAAGCUUGUGCUCUCGUAACUCACAGGAGACCACGUCUCGAUCCUCCGGCUCCUUCGAUGGACUCUUGUACACCUGCAGCCCUGCCAACGACCGUCCUGUAGGAGCAAAAAUCGAUUCGCCUCCUCUGCUACCUGGCUAUCGGUCUUCUCGCUCCCCGCUGUUUAUUGAAGCCUACCUCGCGGGCGUGGAGCCCAAGUCGAUUGCCCGCAGCUCUCCCGGCACCCCCUUUCAGCAACUCUUCAAUUCAUCCCCUACUGGUUAUUGGCAAGAUGACGAGAACUCGAUAUCACCCAUCUCUCGGAACUCUACUGCUCUCGCCGACUCGUCUAUGGAGCUUGGAGAAGAAGACGAAGGUGACGAGAUGAAUGGCGGCUCUGGGAAGGGCAAAAUCAAGUCUCUUCUAGAGUAUGAGAAAUCCUACUCGGUUCCCGAAAGCCCAGUCCACGGCCCGUCUACCCCAUCUUCUCUUUCCAGCUUAACCGACGUUGGCUCGUCUCCUUCUGCUCUCUUCUCUCACGAGCCUCAUCCGUCCUCUCAGACCUCACGCGGACGGACGUCGUGCUUCUCUUCGCCUGCUCACACUGACGAAGGUGCUCAUGCAUCUUUCUCUCCCCUUGGCUCUCCGUUCAAGCCGUCUAUUGCUCUCAAUGGUUUCGGUACCUCUGGUCCUUCAUCGCGCCGCUACAGACGAGCCGCUCGAGGAAAAGGCCCCUCGGCUCCCCAGCGAUCUUUGGCGUCUGAGAUUCUCAACCAACUCGGUCAACAUGGCGGAAGAUCGCGACUUGGAGCCUCUUCCUCGGCUAAAAAAUCUGCCCUUUCACCUACAGGCCCCUCCGAUACUGACUCUGACGACGAAAAUUAUGAACCGUCAGGACCGAAGAGCCGAAAGCGCGCACGAUCUUCCAAGGCGAAGUCGAUAUAUUCUUCCAAUCGCGGGAAGCGGCAAAGAACCUCAAUCUCUGUCUCUGCGCCAGCCUCUGCCUCUGCCUCAACAUCUCGAUCUCAAGAACAAGCAGGAGCCGUCUCCGGAGGCGAGGACGACGGUGCCGAGGGGGCCGAGGAUGCAAACGCCAUCCGGACCUAUCCGAACAGGACAUUCCCUCUGCGAAUCCCCAUCCAUGACAAUUUCGCCUUAUUCUAUAGGCGCUUCCCCGUCAGCUCCGUCGUCGAUCACGAACUUGCAGCAAUACGUAUAGCAACAGUGCCCGACGGGACCCCGAACGAACCAAGGGAUGUCUUCGACUUGUACACUCCGCGGUUCGUCAAGGGCAGGGGCACAUCCAAGGUCGGCCUCUGUCCCAUCUGCCACGAACCCGUCGCACGCGGCGGCGAAGGUAAGAAGCUCUGGCUGUCGAUGAAGUUCUCUGCCUUCAACUACCACAUGCAGUACUACCAUGGCAUCUCCGCGCCCACCGGUCGGCCGUUCUCCCCGCCCACCGCAUUCCGCACCGUGUCCCGCCCGAACGCGUCCAAGCACGAGAAGACGCGGAUCAUGGAGGGCAAGUGCCACCGGUGCACCAAAUGGGUCCCCGUCGAGGGCAUUAAGGACGUCGAGGCCAAGGUCCGCGAGAUCUUCUGGUGGAAGCACGCCGCGGGGUGCCACCAGGGCGACACGCUCGAGGGCGAGGCGGACGUGUUCGUCGAGGAUGCGGUGUGGAGCGCUGUUGUCCAGGCUGCCGACGGUCCGGGGGUACGGGCAGGGAGCGCGGAUGGGGAAAGCGAGGACGACGAGCAGUGA